UUCAGGGUCCGUGUCGAGGAAGAAUGACUGUCGGAGUGGCCGUGUGAUGGACGAGCGUCUAAACCUCCGGCGCUGAAGAUUGUCCGUCGCCGCGGUUAGCAAAGUAUAGCUCGUGGGGUGCUAGGCGGGGUCUCCUCGCUAGCUAGUGAAGUGUUUAGCUAACUUUAGAAACGUUAUUAGCUCGUCACCAACGCCGAAGGCUUCACCGCGCUUCACCGCGCCAGCGAACAACGACAGCCCGUGACGUGCAGCACGCCUGCUUUCUCCCCUCCCACGCCACUACCUGACGUAAGUAAUAUCCUGCCACACGUGAAUCCAUCUUGUCCACGAACAGCAACGUGGCCAGCUGAUCGUGCCUCCUUUUUUUUUACUGAACGGGUAAAACCGUGAACUGUGUAAGAGCCAUUAUGCUCUCUUUUUGACUGUUGUAGUUCCACUGGAGAACACUGGGUGGAGUAUGGGUUUAAGGUGUGUAUAUAGAUAAUCAGGGAGCAAGGGAAGCCAGGUGUUGGGUUUAAGGUGUGUAUAGAUAAUCAGAGAGCAAGGGAAUAGGGGUGUUGGGGAAGCAAACAGUUUUUGACCGUGAGGAUCAAGGGUGAGGAUCAAGAGUCAUGGUGCAUCAGAACUAUGGAUUGUAACAUGUUUGAGCAUCAGAACUGAGCAAAAAAUAAAGAAGAUAAAAUGCAGUAGUGGACUGGAACUGGAUUCAUUUGGAACCACGCGUCAGAUAGCCCUACAAAACACCUCUACUAGUGACAAGAUGGUAAAUUGUCGCUACAUUUUGUCAAAAACUACUUCUUUGUGGAUUAUCACGCAUCGCUUUGGAACCUUUUUUUUGAACUAAGCACUGGAUUCCGCUGUGGAUUUGGAUAUAAUUGGACGUAUGAAUCAAGGACCAGUCGCGACGAAGCGAGCGAAUUAAUUCAAGGUAUGUGUACUGCUACCUAUGAAUGGCUCUUGUGUGCACACCUUUAAUAGCAUAAAUCCAAUGCAUUGGUUGCUUAAGUUUACAGUUACUGACAAGUUGAAUGAAAUCAACACUCUGUGAAAAUGAGUGUGAGUAAUUGUGGUGAAGACUUUAUGGCUGCUGGUAAACCACCAGAGACUAAUGUGCCGGUUGAGAGAGUUGAAAUGGAGUCGGUGAAAGAAAAACGGGGCAUCAAACUUACUCCAAGGGCAUUACUGGAAAAAUUGGAAACGUUGCAGAAAACAAGAAAGACUAAACUAAAUAAAGCAAACAACUUGAUGGUUAUCAUAAGAGAUUUUAUGUGUAACCGAGAGUAUGAAAAGGAAGUGCAAUGUUCUUUUGAGAAAUUCAUAAAGCUGUGUGAUGAAGCAAAAGAAAUGCACAAUUCUGUGAUGGUUAUUUUGCCCAAUGAAGAAAAGGAAAGACAACAAACAUGGUUCAAUGGAAAGAUGUUAAUUUAUAAUGGGUUUAAAGAUGAUGUUAACAAAUGGUUGAGUACUGAAAGUCAAGUUUCAUGUUCUGGUGUUGAUGACAAUGCUUGUCAAGAUGACAUUGAACCAAAUGAUAGCGUUUCAAACAUUUCCUCACGAGUGUCAACUAAACCAUCCAGUAGGAAAAGUUCUAGCAGUGUGCGUACUGGGAGAUCUUCUGCUUCGUCAGCACGAAUUAUAGCAGAGGCAGAAAAGGCUGCAUUAAUUGCACGUGCAACUGCUUUAAAGGAGAAACAUGCCUUGGAGGUACAACAGCAUGCCUUGGAGGUACAACAGGAACAACUGAGGCAAAGACAAGAGCAAAUGGAUAUUGAUGCAGAUAUUGCUGCUGCUACUGCUAAAAUUGCGGUUUUAAACAAUUCUGACGGCCAGCAUCGUAAAACCUUUUCUGAUGGUAUGAAUGCAUAUUAUGAUAAAGGAACUACAAUGGGUGGCAAAGAAGUUAUUCUUAACCCUCAUGUUGAGGAAUAUAGACCAAGGAAUUGUUUCCAGCAAGCGAACCAAAGGAAUGUGGUUCAGCAAACUCACAGUGCACUGCAAUCUGAUCUUCAUUCUGUGUCACAAAUGCAAACAUCAAAUGUAAUGCCGAACAGCAAUGGAACAUCAACUUCAAACAUCUGCAGUAUUAUGCAAAAACAAAAUGAGAUUACUGCUCUUCUUGUACAACAACAACAAUCCAGCACACUGCCUCAAAGAGAUAUUCUUGUGUUUGAUGGUAAUCCUUUGCAAUAUAGAGCUUUCAUCAGAGCAUUUGAACAUGGAAUAGAGGACAAAACCAACAAUUAUCGAGAUCGUUUGUACUUUCUGGAACAGUACACACAAGGUCAACCUAAGGAACUUGUGCGCAGUUGUCAGCACAUGGAUGCACAAAGAGGAUAUGUGCAAGCUAAAGCAUUGUUAAAGGAACAUUUUGGCAAUGAGUUCAAAAUAGCUGCUGCAUAUAUAGAGAAAGUACUUGGAUGGCCUUCAGUAAAAUCCGAGGAUGUAAGUUCACUGCAGAGUUAUGCUCUCUUUUUGCGUGGAUGCUGUAAUGCAAUGGAAGAAAUUGAGUACAUGGAGGAGCUGGAGAUGCCAAGCAAUUUGAAAACAGUCAUCACGAAGCUGCCUUACAAAUUAAGGGAGAACUGGAGAACUGUUGCUUGUGAGCUAUUGGAAAGGCACAAUCGAAGGGCAAAGUUCAGAGAUAUCGUAACAUUUGUGGAACGUCAAGUUAAAAUGUCAUCUGAUCCACUUUUUGGUGAUAUCCAGAGUACUCAAAUUGUACAACAGAAACCUCAACAUAGGAAUACAAUUAGAAACAGCUUUGCAACAACGGUUGUUACUAACAGCAAGUCAAUUCAGUGUUGUAUGUCUGAUUUCAGAUCAAAAUCUCAAGUUGUAUGUUUGUGUUGCAAACGUGAUCACUUAUUGGAGCAGUGUACACAAAUGCAAAACAAGAUGCACAAGGAAAAACUGAACUUUCUAAAGGAGAAAGGUAUCUGCUUUGGCUGUCUUUGUGUCGGACACAUGAGCAGAGAUUGUGAAAAGCGCUUGAAUUGCACAGUAUGUGGCCAAAUGCAUCCCAGCAUUCUGCACAUUCAACAGAAGGAGAGAACAUACGCUCAAGAACAAAAUCGUCCAUCACUAAGUAGUGCGCUUGUUGCUCUUCAAGCAUGUGGUCAAACGGGGGCCGGUAAUGGAGAAUGUGCAUUAUCAAUUGUACCAGUUCAAGUCAAAUCCUGUAAAGGACAAAAGGUAAUUCAAACAUAUGCAUUCUUGGAUCCUGGUAGUUCUGCCACAUUUUGUUCAGAACACUUAAUGCACCGUUUGAAAUUAAAAGGAAAGAAAACUAAUAUUCUUUUGAAAACAAUGGGCAAUCAAAGGUCUGUUAGUAGUUCUAUUCUGACUGGAUUGGAAGUGUCUAGCCUUUAUAAUGACAUCUUUUACAGUCUUCCGGAAGUUUUCACUCAGGAGAAAAUGCCUGUGUCCAAAGAUAACAUGGUUACCGAAGAGGAUUUGGAUAAAUGGCCAUACCUGAAAGGUGUUAAGAUCCCUCAUAUUCCUGCUGAUGUGGAUUUGCUAAUUGGAGCAAAUGCUUCCAAGGUAAUGGAGCCCUGGGAGGUUAAAAACAGUGAUGGAGAAGGACCUUAUGCAGUUAGAACCCUACUGGGAUGGGUCGUGAAUGGACCAUUACAAGGAAGCAAGGACAAUGGGAACACAAUUGAAUGUCCGGAUGUUACUGUUAAUAGAUACGCAGACAAGCUGGAGGAGCUGAAACAGGAGCUCCAACAAAAAGGAAGCCACAACAGGCUGCAGGAGGAGGAGCUUAUCAGUGCGAUGAGAGAGCAGGUUCUGCGUCUCACCCAGAAGGAGCAGGUGCUGGAGGAGCGUUUGGAGAGUGUGUGUCAAGAAACCACCGAGCUGAGGGCCAGUUUGGCCUCUUUGCACACACGCCUGGCUCUACAAGACCAACUCAACCAGCAGCACAGCCAGCAGCUAGCUGGGGCGCUGCAAGAGGCGGAGGCUGCACAGGGUCGCUCACGGCAGCUGCAGACCCAGGUGGAGGAGCUUCAGGAGGAGGUGUCCCUGCAGGAAGGCAGGAGCCACGGAGACGCACCCCUGCUGUCCGAGCUGGAGAGCAGCAUGGAGACGACGAGCCUCGGGGUCAGCAAAGAAGAGAUUACACAAGAAAUGUGGUCCAGUCUUCAGUUGCUGCUCCCACUGACACCAAAACUGAACAACUCGGGGAGGUCAGAGGUCGUGGAUCAAAAGGAAGACCUGCACACAAUACUGCGUCAGUUGAAGGGAGUGGCCCAGACUCUGGCACUGACGUGGGGCUCUCAGGAGCUGAAUCGAGCUUUUGUCGACAGGACGGGCGAUCAGUGUGGGAAUCCGAGUGCAGCGCAUGAGCUGAGAGAUCAGAACGUCCAUCUGCAGCAGGAAAACGCUGAGUUGAAACGUAAGCUGCAGGACGUGGAGGAGGAGGCCGACGUCGUCCAACACACCAUCAGAGAUCGAGAUGAAGCCAUAGCCAAGAAAACCCUGAUGGAGGCAGAGUUGGUGAGAAGUAAAAGUGACAUGAUAUCUCUCAACAACCAGUUAGAAGCCAUCCAACGUAAGCUGGAGUUGUCACAGGAACUGGAAGCCUGGCAGGACGAUAUCCAGAUCGUUAUCAACCAGCAGCUCAGGUCCCAGCAGACGAUGGAGCAUCCUCAGAAGAAGUCCACCUCCAACGGCACGUCCUUCUUCCGCAGGGGGGGCAGAGCCGCCUCCACCUCCUCCACCUGGAGUUCAGACGUGGAUCCUGGUUGAUGGGACGAGUCUUGGAAGUUUUUCCUGAUAAAAAUGGACUUGUGCGAGUACAAACUAAAACCAAUAUACUUGAGAGACCUGUGACAAAGCUUUGUCUAUUGUAUGACAACCUGGAAAAUUAAAGGACUGAUUGCAAAGACUUAUGUUCUAAAAAUGGAAGAUUGUUUAAAUGCAAUGUUAUACAGUGUCGCUUUGGACUUUAAUGGCUCUUUGUAUUAAUAUUGUAUUGAAUUGUAAUGUCUACUUGUCAUGUACAAUUAGGGGCCGGAGUGUAAGAGCCAUUAUGCUCUCUUUUUGACUGUUGUAGUUCCACUGGAGAACACUGGGUGGAGUAUGGGUUUAAGGUGUGUAUAUAGAUAAUCAGGGAGCAAGGGAAGCCAGGUGUUGGGUUUAAGGUGUGUAUAGAUAAUCAGAGAGCAAGGGAAUAGGGGUGUUGGGGAAGCAAACAGUUUUUGACCGUGAGGAUCAAGGGUGAGGAUCAAGAGUCAUGGUGCAUCAGAACUAUGGAUUGUAACAUGUUUGAGCAUCAGAACUGAGCAAAAAAUAAAGAAGAUAAAAUGCAGUAGUGGACUGGAACUGGAUUCAUUUGGAACCACGCGUCAGAUAGCCCUACAAAACACCUCUACUAGUGACAAGAUGGUAAAUUGUC